AUUCCAAUUACCAUAUUAAUGAUUUAAUAAACAAACAACCCGUAAACUGAUUCAGACAAACAGCGCGCAUCUAUUGGGGGCAUUGCAUCAACAAACAUAGGCUAUCGGUUAUGGAUAUUACUUCUAAUUGUAAACUAAUAUUAUUAGGAAAACUUUUAACCCCUGAGAUACAUAUUUCACGUAUCGGGAUUGCAACAACCCUUGAUCGUUAGAGGCUUUGGCGAUUGAAGUCAAAGAGCGGUCAAUCGAUUGGUAUUACGGAAUUGGACACUAUUAAUAUACAUGUACAGUAUCGGCAUUAUAUAGCGAUACAGAGCGUCGACAAAAAUCUUCAUUUAUUUCCCCCUUGCGCUGUUGUGUAUUAUUAUUAGCUGAGAGCACAGCUUCCGCUGAUCAGAAGUAGCGUGCCUCGGCGAUCACGCCCUGUUAUCUACGCCAUUAUCUACAUAUUUACAACCAUAGUUUUCGGAUUUAAACGUUUCAACGUGUUUACUUGAUUUCUGUAUCCCGACUGACACCCGAGGAUUAACAUUUUGGUUUAAAGUCUGAGCGCAUUCUCCGCUGGACAAUGUAAAAGAGAUCGAUAUCCUGGUUCUGCAUCACUUGUUUACAUUGGUGACCACCGACCGCGAUCGAAACUGCAUUCAGUAUACCACCUGGAAUUCAUUAAUCUUUUAAAGUUAUUGGGACUCGGGUGUGUUUCUCUACUAACCAAACCAACAUGGCAUCGGGUGAAGAUGACUAUGACGUUGACGCUCUGACGGAAAAACUGAAGGCUUUUGCCUUGACUCAGACCAAGUCCUCGGCCAAGAUGGACAGCAAGACAGUGGGCAAGAUGGCCAAGCAAUGCUGGCCGAAAGCCUUACAGACCCGAGUGGAUUCUAGUGUCUUCCCCAAAGUCAUGGACAAAACUACCAAGUCUAUUAGCCUUGAAAAUAAAGAACAAAUUCGAAAGUUCAUAUCGGAAUCUGCCAUACAGUAUGAUGACGUUACAAAGAAAACGAAAGAGUUCAAGAAACACGAAAAAUUAUUGGCUGAGAAAAUCAUUGCAGCUGAUCUAGGAAUUAAGAAAACGGAAACAUCUAAAACUGGAGGCGUGGAUCGCAUGACAGACUCUUCCAAAUACACGGGGUCGCAUAAAGAGCGCUUUGACGAAUCUGGGAAAGGCAAGGGGGCGGAGGGUCGUGUGGACAAGGCAGACACCUCUGGAUAUGUCGGAAAUUACAAGGGAGAGGGGACUUUCGACAAGAAAAAAUGAUUCCCAGUGCAGGAUUGGUGUCCACUAUGUGUGUCUUAGUAUUUCUUAAAACCUCAUUUUCACUUUAUUGUUUAUGUUUUUCUGUUUCAUAACACCUGAGCUCUGAAUUUAUGCAAGAGGUCGGCAUUUGUUGACUCUUACAUGUCACAGAAAUAAACUGUCCAAUUUACCACGUAUGAAAGUAUCGACUAUGUUGAAAAAAUGUAGCUGAAAAUGUACCCCCAGCAUUGUGCGGGUUUCUUGACAAUAUUAUAGCACGUGUCUUGUUGCAAAGAAACCAAAUAGCAGUGACUAAAACUUGUAUAUGUAAAAGUGCUGAAGGUAGAAGGAAUAACCUCUAGAUCUGUUUUGAUAGUUUGUAGUAAUUAACCGAAUAACAGUAAAUAAAUAUUACACAACCUUGA